AUGCUUUAAUUAUAAGCCGAAUUUAUGAAAAUAAUAAUUAUGUUGCACAGCGCGUGUUAGUUUACGUCUCUGACGUCAUACAUCUCUGUAGACUGGUAAGGAAACACUGAACGGGCUGAUUUUGGAUGGCGUCUGGUCUGAAGCUCGAACCCGGUGUAGCGGUGCGCUGAGAUCCAGAACCUCAGACGAGACGUUCAAACCUGCAGUUAGCCGUUAGCAGUUAGCCGUUAGCAGCUACCAUGCUACCAUGCUACCGAUCCUGGAGCCACGUUCGGAGCAGAUGACGUAACAUCUGAGCGUAGGCAACGUCGACGUCUUACGCCAUAAGACGCAGCUUUGGGGAUCCCGGAAGCGUCGUCGCAUUGUUUACAUACUCCUCUUUGUUCGGUGGAAAUUCCGCCAAAAUGUCCAAAAAACGGUCCAAAAGCAGCGAGACCCGGAACCUGCGGGCGGUGAUCGACGAGCAGCUGGCGGCGGCCGCGGAGGAGAUCCUCUGGCUGCUGAAGGAGCGCGGGCAGGCGGCCGUGGAGGAGCUGAAGGAGCUGGUGACGGAGCGGGUCGCCGCGGCCGUGGAACACAUCUUCUCCGUGUUCGAAGCGGCCAGAGCGGCCGAGAGAGGACCGGAGGAGCCCGGGGAGAGUCUGAGAGCCGAACCUGGAGCCGAACCUGCAGCCGACAGGAGAGAGUUGUGUCUGUCAGUCGGUGUCCAGAGUGUCUCUGAUGAAAAACAUCUGAAGCAGAACGUCUCCGUGGACGGCCGACUGAAGGAACCUCUGCCCGGCACUUCCUCCGGACCAGAGGACGUUUCUGAACCGGACCGCCGCCCGGCCUCUCCGGACGAUCCGGCCGGCGAGGAGGAAGAGGACGAGAACGGUGAAGAGGCGACGCCUCACUGCUGCAGAGUGUGCGGGAAGUCCUUCGACAGGAAAGGCUUUUUGAUGAAGCACGUGGAGAAACACUUGAAGGAGGCAGAGUCCCUGUGCGGUCUGUGCGGCGAGCGUUUGGAGUCCAGCGCCGGUCUGAGGCUGCACCUUCAAACGCACCGCGACAGCAGCCGGACCUGCGACGUCUGCGGCAAGAAGUUCCCCUCGAUCCGAGCUCAGGAGACGCACCUGAGGCUGCACACCGGAGAGAAACCCUUCAGCUGUCACGUCUGCGGCAAAGGCUUCAACCAGAAGGGCAACAUGGUGACGCACAUGAGGAUCCACACGGCGGAGAAGCCGUUCAGGUGCACCGUCUGCCACAAAGAGUUCAGCCACACCGGCUCUCUGGAGCGCCACAUGAAAGCCCACGACGGACAGACGCCGUUCAGCUGCAAAGUCUGCGGGAAAAGCUUCAGCAAGAGCGCCGAGCUGAGGCGACACGUCCGGAGCCACGAGCCCGACAACGCUGCGCCUGUCGUCAGGAGCAGACGCAGGAAACCGAGUCUGACGCCUUCUCACUGCUGCAAGGUCUGCGGGAAUGCCUUUCACAAUAAAGGCAACUUUGUGCGGCACGCAGAGACUCAUUUAAACGACCCUGCAUGUCGCUGUGGUGUCUGUGGAGAGCAGUCGGAGUCCUCGGAGAGUCUGCAGCUUCACAUCCAGAGCCACAGAGAAACCAGCAGGAUCUGCGACAUCUGCGGCAUCAGCUUCAGGGACAUGGAGAUCCACAUGAGGACCCACACAGGCCAGAAACCCUUCAGGUGCAAAGACUGCGGCAAGGACUUCCCCAGGAAAGGCUCACUGGAGAGACACAUGAAGCUGCACGCCGGCGAGAGGCCGUACAUCUGCGAGUUCUGUGGGAAGACUUUCAUCGAAAACACGGUCCUGAAGAGACACAUCAAGAGCCACACGGGAGGGAAGCCAAGGAUUUACUCCUGCGACGUCUGCGGCAAGAAGUUCACCAUGAGCCAGCAUCUGGACGUGCACAAGAGGAUCCACACCGGGGAGAAACCGUACACCUGCAGGGUCUGCGGGAAAAACUUCCGGCAGAUCGGCAACCUGGACUCCCACAUGAGGAUCCACACGGGCGAGAAGCCGUUCAUCUGCAGCCUCUGCGGGAAGAGGUUCCGCCAGAAGAUCUCGCUGGAGACGCACGAGAGGUUCCACAAGAAGGAGAAACCGUUCAGCUGCCAGCUCUGCAGCAAAGGCUUCGUCCAGAAGAUCGACCUGAAGAGACACAUGCUGACGCACACCGGGGAGAAACCUUACAGCUGCCUGGUCUGCGGGAAGAGGUACCAGGAGAAACGCUCGGUGGACUCGCACAUGAAGGUUCACACCGGAGAACGAGCCACGAAAGAUUCAGCUGUGACCCCGAACCUGAAACGACAGGAAGGAGUUCACACUGACUUCAUCCAGCUGUGAACUGUUUGUAACAUCUGCUGAGAUACUAAGAGUCACACGGUGUAAAGUCAGACUCACGUCCAUCCCUGUGAGUCAGAGAGUUUUUAAUUAUCAGUAGUUAUCGGGGUGGAGUCUGCAGUGCUGAACAUCACUGGUUGGUCAAACGUAAACCUCAGAUUCUCUACAGUAGAGACAGACGCUCUGAAGGUCUUCAUGGUUCUUCGCAAACAGGACUGUGCAGAAGGGACGUUUAGUUCCUGUGGCUCCUUAAGCUGUUUAACACAACGUCACAGAGCCGUUCUGCUCAGGACGUGAUACGAAAUCCAAGUUCCAGGUUCUUUGGGACCAGAACAUAAAGCCCCUUUUUACACAUAGAAUAAAUAACAGUCCUCUGUCUGUUAAAGUGACGGCUUUUUAUCACUCAGACGCUGGAAACGCCCUCUGGUCCGUCUCUGUCGACCCCCCUCCCCCCCAAUAAAGAAGGCGUUUCUUAGCUAAUCUCUAAUCUUACGGCUGGACAGUCUGAAGCUUCCCUCACGCUGUUCAGAGGAUUUAACGGUGAUUUUAGCACAUUAAUGUUCCUCGGCUUCGUUCAGACACGACGGCACUUUUACAGAGAGAGGCGCGACGCUCGCUGAUGUUUGUCAGCUGGCGAAAGUUACGAUAUGAAGGAAGAAGAGUUUCGUCUCUCAGCUGCGUCACAUCCGACGGGAAGUAGAGUCGGGACGUGCUGCAUGUGAAGACGUAUAAGAAGAGAAAUUUAGAGACUGUCGGCCAGAUUAUUACUGCGGUCGUGCGAAGGUUUGCAGCUUCUGCUCUGCGGUCAUGAAAUAAGACUUUAUAAUAGACUCUUCUCGGCUCUCCUCAGUUUCCCAGCAGCCGAGGCGCUUCCUGUCGUUCACCAGCUGACAAACGCCAGCCAGCGUCGUGUCUCUUUCUGUCAAUGUGCUGUCCACGUUAACGCGGCAGUCCCGUCUGCCUGAGCGACGACACGGCGGCGCUUUGACAGACAGAUGAAGCAGCGGCGCUGCAGACUGCGUGUCUGAGAGGGGCUGAAGAGUCCGGUUCCGGUUCCCGCGGUCGGACGCGGGUCACGGGUUCGAUUAAUCAAACAGUCGGAAACCAGAAGAAACUACAGCUGCAAUUAUUAGUUUAUUAACCAUAAAUAAGUCACCAAAACACAUUAUUGAUAGUAAUUGUGUCCAAAGAUGAUCUGACGUUUGUUUGUUUGAACUUUUUGUUUCUGACUGCAGAGUUUGUAUUUUAUAUUCAACAUUUAAUAUAAUAAAGUAGAAAGAAUCAAAUGAAAAGAAGUUUUAACUGCAGCUGGUUUUGCUGCAGUUUUCUCCGUUAAUUUCACACAAAGAUCUGAAAGAUAAAUUCAUUAAUGUGUUUUUUUUAAAAGUGUGUAAAAACCGAACGCUUCUCAGGUGUUAUCGGCCGAAACGCUGAGAAACGAGUCGGAUUGGUCUGCCGCUCCGUUUCCUGUAGAAACACACCGAGAAUAAAAACAUACAACAACA